AUGGCAUCCAAACUGCUGCGCCCCGCCGAGCACUGUGGCGCAGAGCCGGCCGACGACCUGCUGUGCGCCCUGUGCCACUCACUUUUCCACGGCCCAGUGACGACGCCGUGCAGGCACACGUACUGCAGCUUCUGCCUUGGGCGCCUGUUUGACAUGCGCAAGCCAGCAGAUGGGCGCAAGCCGGCGCAGGAGCGGCGGCGGGAGUGCCCUCUGUGCAGGCGCACGCUGUGGCUGGCAGAGGUGCAGCCUGAUGAGGAUUUGGACCAGCGGGUGCAGCUGGCCUUCCCAGCGCUCUAUGCCCAGCGUGGCUGCGAGAUAGCCGAGGAGCGUGCCCGCCUCGCGCCUCGGCGGCUGGAACACAAGAGGGUGUUCAUUGGCAAUGACCAUGCGCUGGUACCGCCGCGGGCAGGCAGCGGCAACCAACACGACUGGACAUUCUUUGUGCGUAUGGAGUCCUUGGAGGAGGAGCGGGAGUUCAUUGAGCAAGUGGUUGUGCACCUGCACCCCACCUUCCGCCCCAGCACCUUGGUCCUGAGUGAGCCAGGCAACUUCAGGGUGCGCCGCCUGGGCUGGGGCUUCUUUGUGGUCCACGCCGAGAUCAUGCUGAGGCCAGAGUGGGGCGGCCGCACCCUGGCGCUGCACUGGCUGCUCGACUUCGAAGGCGAGGGCAGCAUGCGGGGGGUGGAGCUGGAGCUGGAGCACCGCCCCGCGCAGCCUGUGGGCACCCCUGCUGCCGCCCCACAGGCAGCCCGUGGCACGGCCACGGUAGCAGCGCGGCAGGAUGAAGGCGGCGCGGCUGGGGGUGCAGGGCACGGCGGGGAUGCUGCUGCGGCCGGCAUUGAUGGCACGCCGGCGGAUGAGGGGGAAGAGGAGGGGGGCAGGGGGGAGGGACAUGAGGAGUCUGACGGCACCAGUGACAGCGAGAGCUACGGGCCGGAACAUGGCGAUGCGGGAGGGGAUUACGACCUGAACAGAUAUGUUGGUGGCGGCUGGGCCUCGCCCCACAGCACGAGCGCCAGCGAGGGCGACCCGGCAGUGUUCAACGACGACGAGGCGUUGGAGAGUGGCGAGGAUUGA